AUGGCUCGCACCUACGAGGCUGCAAUCUCGUCUCUCAACUCUUUACAGUCCAACCAUGCGAUUGUAGAGCAGGUUCGCAAAUCGGGGAAGGCCUUGAAUGAGCUCUCCCUCCCGGAGACAGUUGAAUGGCUUCGUUGCAUUGGAUACAAGACAUCUGAUCUCAACCAAUUGAACGCAAUCCACGUUGCUGGAACGAAAGGCAAAGGCUCGACCUCUGCAUUCAUCUCCACAAUCCUCUCUCAAUACACGAAAGAGGAACCCAAUCAACCCGCACCCAAGGUCACUAAGAUCGGCCUCUUCACCUCCCCUCACCUCCGGUUCGCGCGCGAGCGCAUCCAGAUCGACAAUGACCCGAUAUCCGAGGAAACCUUCGCACGUUAUUUCUUUGAAAUAUGGGAUCGACUCGAAGAAGCUGCAAAGGUGGCAGGCAAGGAACCAAAUGCGCCUGGAACGAAGCCUCAAUACUUUCGCUACUUAACACUGAUGGCAUUCCAUACAUACAUAAGUGAGGGCGUCGAUGCUGCGGUGAUCGAGUGUGGUAUUGGUGGCCAGUAUGAUUGCACCAAUGUGAUUGAGCAGCCCAAGGUGACUGCCAUCACUAGUCUUGGUAUCGACCAUACUGCCAUGUUGGGAAAUACCAUUGAGCAAAUCGCAUGGCAUAAGGGUGGUAUUAUCAAGCGGGGCACCAGAGGUUUCUCGGCCCCGCAACCCACCAGCGCGGAGGAGGUUUUAACUCAACGUGCUGAAGAGGCGGGCACUCAACUGGACAUUGUGCGCGGUCAUCCUGAAUUGCGUCCUGAGACCAGCCAGGUGACGCUUGGAUUAGCUGGAGACUUCCAGUACACAAAUGCCUCAUUGGCCGUCGCAAGUGCCGCAGAAUACUUGCGCAAGGUUGGUGUGGCCGAUAUUCCCGAGGAUAUCAUGAAUUCACCCCUUCCGGCGAAGUUCAAAACCGGCCUUGAGCAGACUCGUCUAGGUGGCCGGUGUGAGACCCGGUACGAGAAGGACGUUGCAUGGUACAUCGAUGGUGGACACACUUUGGAUAGUAUCCGGCUGGCUGGACAGUGGUUCGCCUCGCGAAUUCAGGCCGACUCAUCCUCCAAGGAACUCGCUGCUAAGAAGACCCGGAUCCUGAUUUUCAACCAACAAACUCGCGACAGCACUGCUUUGGCCCGUGCCUUGCACGAAACUCUCGCUGCUGCCCUUGAAUAUGAUACCCCAUUCACUCAUGCCAUUUUCUGUACUAAUGUGACAUAUAAAUCGGCUGGCUUCCGGCCCGACUUGGUCAGCAUGAACACAAAUGCCGACGACCUUGAGCUCCUUCGCGUCCAGAAAUCCCUCGCAACGGCGUGGAAUUCCAUCGACCCGAAGGCCCAAACACAUGUCUUUGGUACUAUUGAAGAGGCAGUUGACUUCGCCCGGGAGAUUGCUGGCCAGGGACGUAAGGAUCUGCAGAAGGAUGAACCACCUGUCAUGACCUUUGUCACUGGCAGUAUCCAUCUGGUUGGAGGCUUCCUUGAUGUGAUUGAGACCAAGCCCCCCCAAUGA